CCGGCCCGGCGGGGCGGUGCCGAGCCGAGCCGAGCCGAGCCGUGCUGCCGGCGGCGGGACGCCUUGCCCAGUUCUUUCAAACUCCAGCAGCAAGGUGAGAAGAACUGUGAGUCUGGGACGUAUGCAAAGCCUCUGUACCUGUAAGCCUGCAUGCAAGGAGAAUACCAGUUUCUGAGAGGAACGGCAAAGAAAUUUAACUGCAAAAACUGAUGGACCAUUGCAUCUUCCAAAAUGAGCCUUUUCACACUUUUCUACUGGAAGCUAGAAUGUCGUGAAGAGAAAAGAAUUCAGUGCUGGACUGUCUUGAACAUUACUCAUGGUGCAACUUCAGAGAGCAGCUUGAUUUAUCUGACUUGAAGAGGAGGCACAUGUGCAGUAAGCCAAGAGGACAUGGGCUUUCAGUGCAUCUGGAAAAAUGAUCAGGUACUGGGUCCUCGUGUCACUAAUUCUCUAAGUACCAACUCCGACUGUCUCCUUGAUGCACACUCACAGCAUCAUGGCCAGUACUCAGGAGCGCCUGAGCUUGUCUUCCUCUCCAAACUCGAUCGGCAAAGCUUUCUGUGAAGAUAAAGACUUUGGUAGGAUACACGAUGAACAUGGACCUACUGGAAACCACCCGUCCCCCGAACUCAUAGAGGAUGUGCGUGAGAAGGGCUUGCUGCAGGCAGACCUCAUCGAUAACAUGAGCAGCCCGGUCACUGCAGCAGUGCUGACCAGCAUCAGCGAGGACUCUAGGGACCAAUUUGAGAACAGCGUGCUGCAGCUGCGGGAGCAGGAUGAAUCCGAAGCAGCCAUUCCUCAGGGCAACAGGAGCACUAUGGAUGGAGAGAGCAACAGUGGAGCGGAUGAUGUCAAAGUCCAGUUCAACAGAUCAGGCAGUGGGAGCGGUGGGUUUCUCGAGGGACUCUUUGGUUGUCUGAGGCCCGUGUGGAACAUCAUAGGCAAAGCAUACUCCACAGACUACAAACUGCAACAGCAAGAUACCUGGGAGGUCCCGUUCGAGGAGAUCUCGGAGCUGCAGUGGCUGGGCAGCGGUGCACAAGGAGCCGUCUUCCUGGGCAAAUUCCGGGCAGAGGAGGUGGCCAUCAAGAAAGUGAGAGAUCAGAACGAAACGGAUAUCAAGCACCUGCGGAAACUCAAACAUCCUAACAUCAUUGCCUUCAAGGGAGUUUGCACUCAAGCCCCAUGCUACUGUAUCAUCAUGGAGUAUUGUGCACAUGGACAGCUCUACGAAGUCUUGCGAGCCGGCCGGAAAGUCACUCCUCGGCUGCUUGUGGAUUGGUCCACUGGGAUCGCUAGUGGGAUGAAUUAUCUGCACCUUCACAAGAUCAUCCAUCGAGACCUCAAGUCACCAAAUGUUUUAGUUACACACACAGAUGCAGUUAAAAUCUCAGAUUUUGGUACAUCUAAAGAACUUAGUGAUAAAAGUACAAAAAUGUCUUUUGCGGGAACUGUGGCUUGGAUGGCCCCAGAGGUGAUACGCAAUGAGCCCGUCUCCGAAAAAGUGGAUAUCUGGUCAUUUGGGGUAGUUUUAUGGGAGCUGCUAACAGGAGAGAUUCCCUACAAGGAUGUGGACUCCUCAGCCAUCAUUUGGGGAGUGGGCAGUAACAGCCUGCAUCUUCCUGUUCCUUCCACCUGCCCGGAUGGCUUCAAAAUCCUCAUGAAGCAGACCUGGCAGAGCAAGCCCCGGAAUCGUCCCUCCUUCCGACAGACACUGAUGCACCUGGAUAUUGCAUCUGCUGAUGUGCUGGCUACUCCUCAGGAAACCUAUUUCAAAUCACAGGCUGAAUGGAGAGAAGAAGUGAAGAAGCAUUUUGAGAAGAUUAAAAGUGAAGGAACUUGCAUCCACCGGCUAGAUGAAGAAUUGAUUCGUCGUCGAAGAGAAGAGCUGAGACAUGCGUUGGAUAUCCGCGAGCACUAUGAGAGGAAGCUGGAGCGAGCCAAUAACUUAUACAUGGAGCUCAGCGCUAUUAUGCUGCAGCUGGAGGUCCGUGAGAAGGAGCUCAUAAAGAGGGAACAAGCAGUGGAAAAGAAAUAUCCUGGGACUUAUAAACGCCACCCAGUCAGACCAAUAAUCCACCCCAAUACAGUGGAGAAGCUGAUGAAGAGGAAAGGGGUCUCCCAUAAACCAGGCAGCCAAACUAAACGGCCAGAUCUACUGAAGUCAGAGGGCAUACCCAGUACAGAAGCAGCAUCUAAUGGCUCACCAGUCUCAGGAAGUCCCAAAAUGUCAACACUGAGUGGCAAAAGUCGCUACCGCAGUAAGCCACGUCACCGCCGAGGGAACAGCAAAGGCAGCUACAAUGAUUUUGCAGGGAUCUUGAAAAACCAGCCAGUGCAAGAUGAUGCACCCCCACCUCCACCUCAUAAUCAUUCUCAUCCUCCUGGUCUACCGCAGCAACAUGGCCACGGCCAUCACUCACGGCUUCAUGCCCAUGGACAAGAUAUUGCCAACUGCGCAAACAACUUAAGGUACUUUGGCCCUGCAGCAGCGCUGCGGAGCCCUCUCAGUAACCACGCGCAAAGGCGGAUGUCUGGUUCCAGCCCUGAUCUCAUCUCCACUGCCAUGGAAGCAGAUUGCCGAAGGAAUCUGGAGAGCAAAGAAAGCAAAGCUGAUCAUUGGGAGUGUUGCAAAACAGAUCCAUAUAAUUCCUGUCUUCAGUGCAGGGACGAGGACAGUGGUCAGGUACAGAUGUCAUCUGUUGAAACAGGAAUGAGCCAUUCUCAAUCGCCGUCCGUUUCCCUAUAUGAAAACGCGCAGUACAUUGAGAAGAUGGAGGAGGAGGGCUUCAGCAAUGGUACAUCAGCGUCUGCUCUAGGCACACCCCAGCACAUGGCUUCCUCAGUGCUACCGUGCAAAGCAAGACCCAUUCAGAAGAGUGGUGAUGACUCCUCAGAAGAGGAAGAGGGCGAAGUAGACAGUGAAGUGGAGUUUCCUCGUAGACAAAGACCUCACCGCUGUAUUAGUAGCUGCCAGUCUUACUCAACCUUCAGCUCGGAGAACUUUUCUGUGUCAGAUGGAGAGGAGGGGAACACCAGCGAUCAUUCGAACAGCCCGGAUGAGCUGGCCACCAAGCUGGAAGAUGAGCUGGCUGAGAAGCUGGAGGACAUGUUGUCCCAGACUCCAGAGAUCCCCAUUGAAAUCUCCACCCAGUCUGAUGGGCUUUCAGACAAAGAGUGCGCUGUGCGGAGAGUCAAGACUCAGAUGUCUCUGGGCAAACUUUGUGCAGAUGAACACAGCUGUGAGAACCCAGCACAGUUUGGAGAAUCAGACUGUGACUCUUCCGAAGGGGAGUGUUCUGAUGCCACAGUCAGGACCAAUAAGCCCUGCAGCUCUGCUACUUGGUAAUUCAGAUCUCCCCCAAAGCUUCCUGAUACUGGCAUUUUGAUUUCCCUGAGAUUCCACUUCAUUCCCCUUCAUCACACUUUACAGGAAGAGAAGAUGUUUCUCCUUCCCACCCCAGGAGUGAUUUGCAAUAACCCGAAUCUCUGGAAAAUGUCCAAAUGAAAUUAAUUCUCUUUGAGCAUUUCAAUCAAGAAUGGCAGGGAUGUAUUUUAUUGAAUAAUCUAGUUACUGUAACAUGGAUAUUUAUUUUUUUGACAUUUUAACACUUUUUACUGUAAAGAGUGGAUUGUAUUUAUAGACACACAGACUUGUUGCAAAAAAAAAAAGUUCAGAAAGCAAGCACAUUACAGAGAAACAUCCUGGGAGUCCUGCCUGGACAGCUUUGUGUACAAACGUGGGGGGAUUCUCUUGCUGCUUUCACAGGGGACCAGGCCGUGUGGCCCUGAAGAUUGGAGAACAGAUCAAGAAAACUAAACCACUCAGUCUUAUCAAAUGAGGAAGCAUAAAAAGACCUUACUAUAAGGUAACCUGUGAACAAAGCGAAUUCAGUAUAACCAGCUGGGUCAUUUUUUAAUCAGAAGGUGGACAUGUUCCUGGAGAAAACUGGUACUGAGGUGCUAACAUCCAGGGUCUUCUGAGUCAAUACAUCCCCAGGAAUGUAAUAGUGGGUUUUAUUUUAAAGAUUUUUAGUUUCUUUUUUAAUCAACAUUUUGUUGUGAGAUCCUGCAAAUGUAUUCUAACCUCGUCCUCUCAAGAAUUGGUAUAAGAGCACUUCUUAACAUCAUCCUUGCUUCACUCUGGCAGUGUCGAUCUCCAGUUGAGCAGGGAAGCCUCUUUCAGACGCAGUGUGCCAUUUCCCAGUUUACUUCCUCCUCUUACCUCCUGUCUGUUUCAGUCAGUUAAAGAAAUCAAUCAAAUCAGUGUUGGAAAAGCAAGAACUCGCAAACCGUGGAAAGCACAUUCUGCAGAGCCCGAGCACUCUUCUGGGGAGGAAACUGGAGAUGCCUGUACUGGACUUGGAGAAGCAGUCUCUCACCUGCAACAGCAUCAAUAACCAGCAGAGAGCUGUGUGUCAAGGGGGAAGACCGGGAAUCGCUGGCUGAGAUAGGAGCAUCAGCCCUGCUCCGUCUCCUUCCUCACUGUACGUUCCUGAAAGCAUUAACAGCUGCCUGCCCUUCAUGUCAGGCUUGUGCAAAACAGGUUGCACAGGGAGCCUCGAGGGUGGCUGUGGCACAGCUGUGUCUCGGGCGUGCCCUGAGGCCUCUGUUUCUCCUUCAAGCUGAAACUCUACAGGUGAAAGUGAGGAUAGUACUGGUAUGUGACAGGCCGAGGCAUUGGCAGAUGAGAAAAUUUGUUUUCUGAUUAGAACUCAUAGUGCCUUCCCUUCAAACACUACUCUUCUAAAUCAACAUUUAAAGAGAACAAAAUGAUAGAGCACGUCCUCCCCCGCCCCCCCUACCCCCUAGUUGAUGCCCCCCUUGCAAGAGCUUUCGCUUCGCCCUUCGUAGCGUGCCGGCUGACACGGCUGUGCCACGUGUGUGGCUGUGCUGCUGGGAGCUGCCCUGCAGCCUGGCACACCAGCCUGAGGUGAACGGCAGGAAUGGACCAUGGACAGGUACUUCUGUUGCUUUGUUUGUUUACAUUUUAUGUUAAAAUAUUGGUUUGCAUUUAACUGUGGUAAUUUAUAGCCUCAUGGCAAAAUGAAGGAAAAUGUCUUAUACAGAGAGCAGUAUUGUAUGAGUUAAAUUAUCCCAUAUUUUUAAAUUUUCGUAGCUGGACUACACACA